AUGACUUCUAUAUGUGAGCCUAUUGGAUGGGUACAAUGUGGAGAUGGGUGUGAGGCCGCGCUGGCGUCAAGAGGUGCGUGGCGGAUCUCCAUGGGUGAUGGCCGGCUCAGUUGUGUGAGUGGUUGUGCGGCGGGGAAGAUGGUGGCAUGCCGAGAAUCACGCACGAGAAGAAAGGAGGGUGGAGUGGUGGUGGCGGACUUGGUGGAGCAGGAAUGCGAGAAAUGGGUAAGCAAAGGGAUUAACAUUAAAUAUGAGAUAAGGGACAAUAGACAUGGAUAUAAAGCAGGUGCUCUAAAGGAAGGGUUGAAGCACAACUAUGUACAUCACUGUGAUUAUGUUGCCAUUUUCGAUGCAGAUUUUCAACCUGAAGCUGAUUUUUUGUUGCAAAUGAUUCCUUUUCUUAUCCAUAAUCCAGAAGUAGCUCUAGUUAAAGCUCGGUGGAAAUUUGUGAAUGCUGAUGAUUGUAUGAUGACAAGGAUCCAAGAGAUGACAAUGGAUUACCAUUUUAAAGUAGAACAAGAAUCUGGUUCGACAGUGUACUCCUUUGGUUUCAAUGGAACUGCUGGUGUUUGGAGAAUCUCAGCUCUUGAAGAAGCUGGAGGAUGGAAAGAUCGAACAACAGUGGAGGAUAUGGAUCUAGCAGUCCGAGCAACUCUUUGUGGUUGGAAAUUUGUCUUUGUAGGCAACAUCAAGGUUAAAAGUGAAUUGCCAAGUACAUUCAACGCAUAUCGUAAUCAGCAAUAUCGAUGGGCUUGCGGUCCAUCUAAUUUAUUUAGAAAGAUCGCCGAAGAGAUACGAAGGACAGCGAAAAUAUCACUAUGGAGGAAAAUAUAUUUGAUGUAUAGCUUUUUUGUUGUUCAAAGAAUUAUAGCCCAUGUUGUUACCUUUACAUUUUAUUGUGUGGUCAUACCGGCAUCAGUUCUUGUUCCAGAGGUCAAAAUUUCAAAGUGGGGAGUGGUUUACAUUCCGACAACAAUGACCCUUCUGCACUCUGUUGGAACUCCAAGCUCGUUCCAUCUAUUGCUUUUCUGGGUCUUAUUUGAGAAUGUUAUGUCUAUGCAUCGGACAAAAGCAGUUUUGACGGGUCUAUUGGGUGUAGGGGUAGUAAAUGAAUGGGUUGUCACUGAGAAACUAGGAAAUGCUGCAAAGGCAAAUAAAGGCGAAGGAUCUAGCAAAAAACCUGGAUCUACAAUAUCCAAAAGGAUUCUUCUCCCAGAGCUUGGCAUGGCUGUGUACCUUUUCAUAUGUGCAUGGUGCGACUUCGCCUAUGGGAAGAACUACUACUACUUUUACAUCUUUCCCCAAGCCAUGACAUUCUUCAUUGUGGCUAUUGGUUAUGUUGGGACCUUUGCGCCCAGCUAG